AUGACGGCCAAGUCAGUGCCCUUCAGCCCGCCCGUGGUGCACCACAACAAGGACUCGUGGGGACCGACGUCGGAGAACCUGCCGCAGCAGUUCGUCGACGUGCCCUACGCCCCCUUCGGCAAGGGCGACCGGCUCGGGCGCGCGGCGGACUUCACCAUGUCGAGCUACUACAGCGCGAAGCAAAAGUACCGCCGCGACCGGGAGAACCGCGCCGGGGACGACUUCAAAAACGAGGAGUUCCAGUACAAGUACGACGCGGUCGAGGACUCGAGCUUCCACCUCGUCGACACGGCCAAGGCGAAGACGUCGCGUUUCAACCAGGGUUUCAAGAAGCCCUGGCAGACGCGGGGCCGCGGCCGCGGCGCCUGGGGCAAGGGCGGCCGGGGCCAGGGCCAGCAGGACCAGUUCGGCAAGGGCGGCAAGGGCGGCCGCGGGAACCAGCAGGCCAAGGGCGGCAAGAACGGCAAGGGCGGCCGCGGCCGCGGCCGCGGCUGGGGGCGCCGGGACCGCGUGCAGCGCGUGGACCGCGGCAGCAGCGUCAAGGUCGCGGCGGACUGGAAGUGCGUCGAGGAGUUCGACCUCGCGCAGCUGACGAAGCUGAGCACCAAGGUGCCCGAGGCCACCGACCUGCUCUGGGCCGGCGAGCUCGGCACGUACAACGACGCGUACGACCGCCUGUCGACGCGCGCGGACAAGCCGCUCCAGCGGUGCGAGAACCGCGAGUUCUACUACGUGACGACGACGGACGACCCGGCCAUCGAGAAGCUCGCGGAGGAGCAGGCGGGCACGGUCUACGGCACGGACGCGAUCUUCAGCCUGCUCAUGGCGAGCCCGCGGUCCGUCUACCCCUGGGACGUCAUCGUCCAGAAGCUCGACGGCACGCUCGUCUUCGACAAGCGCGACACCGCCGCGUUCGACUUCCUCACGGUCAGCGAGACGUCGCACGAGCCGCCCCCCGCGGACGAGAUCAACACGCCCGAGAAGCUCAGCAUCGAGGCGACGAUGAUCAACCAGAACUUCUCGCAGCAGAUCCUCAAGACGGACCCCGCCCCGGAGAAGAUGGCGCUCCCGAACCCCUUCGCCGACGCCGAGUCCGAGUCCAAGCCCGCGUCCAUGGCGUACCGCUACCGCAAGUUCGCGCUCGGCGAGCACACCAUCGUCGCGCGCACGGAGCUCCACGGCCUCGUCGAGAAGCGCGGCGAGAAGCACAAGAUGACCGCCUACUGCCUCAACGAGUGGGACUCCAAGCUCAGCGGCGGCGUCGAGUGGCGCCAGAAGAUCGACUCGCAGCGCGGCGCCGUGCUCGCCACGGAGCUCAAGAACAACUCGUGCAAGCUCGCGCGCUGGACGGCGCAGUCGAUCCUCGCGGGCGCCGAGCAGAUGAAGCUCGGCUACGUGUCGCGCGUCGCGCGCACGAACCCCUACGACCACGUCGUCCUCGCGACGCAGUUCUACAAGCCCCGCGAGUUCGCCACGCAGAUCACGCUCAACGUGAACAACAUGUGGGGCAUCAUCAAGAUGCUCGUCGACCUCCUCCUCUCCUACGAUGACGGCAAGUACGUCAUCGCCCGCGACGGCGCCAAGCCCAUCGUCCGCAUCUACGCCGUCCCCAACAACACGUUCGACGACGAGUCCGACGAGGACGACGUCGAGCUGCAGAACGAAAACGACAGCGAUGAGAGCGACUGA